AUGCGCGUUGGGCUAUUCAUGGCGACCGCACAAGACGGCGAAGCCAACACAAGGCAUAGGUCUCCUUUGAAGAAGGCUUGGAAGGGGGACAAGAGCAGUCGUUUGGUGGUGCAAGUGGUCUGUCAGGGGGAAGUCGUGCUCUGGCAGUGGGCUACAGCUGCAAUGGACCACGACAAAGCCAUGCUGAUAUGGCUCGGCCUGCCUGGCUGGCAGGCUAGCCGCGCGUCGGAGACUUGGAAUCCCAUUCUAGCCAGUCGCUGGAAACGCUGUGGCCGAUUGGACAUCCAAGACUGACGCCGUGCUCUUCCUCGUUUUCCACAGCCUAAGCAAGUGACCGACAUCAAGCAAUUCCUCGAAAUUGCGAGGAGAAAGGACGCCAAGUGUGAGUGUGCUCUGGUGUCGUCAUCCAUCUUCAUUGACUGCAUUGAUCGCCAGCUGACUUUGACCGCCUACUUACAGCCGCUCGCGUCAAGAAGACGCUCAAGGGCAACUCCACCCAAACCAAGUUCAAGGUUCGUUGCAGCCGAUACCUCUAUACUCUCGUGGUCGAUGACGCAGCCAAGGCCGACAAGCUCAAGCAAAGCUUGCCACCUGGUGAGUGCCGUGUGCAUGCGAUGAGAUGUGGGGCAUUGAAGGAGAAAGGAGGCGGGAACAUCGACUUUUGAACCUUCCCAGCGGGCCAGCAUGGCAGCAACGCCUCUGCCUUGACGAAAGCAUCCACAGCUCCACAUUUGCUAGGCGCAGUCAUGUCUGACCCUCAGUCCACUCGUGCUUCAGGCCUCAACGUUCAGGAUGUCGGUCUUGUGGGCGUGAAGGGCAAGCUCCGCAAGUAG